UGUUACAAGUGUACACGCGGUAGUUACUAACCUUGGUGGUUACAUUCAGUUACCCGCGGUACCGAGUUCAGUAAUACAGCGUAGUGAUGACAAGUAGUGUUAAAUAUGUAAAUGAUACCUAGUUGAUUUUCCGGCUAAAAUGUACAGGAUAUUCAUUUUUAUGUUCUUUUGAUAGUUCAGUAUAUUAACAGUGAUUGUAACACACAACAUUUUAUUGAAAAAAUACAUUGUGAACAAUAUCUGGAUAAAUGUUCAAAUAACUAUUAUUGCGAGUGUGUCUGUGUUAUUGAUGCGUUACAAAAAAAACUUUGGCCAGUUUUAAGAGCUAUUGACCAUUUAAUAGCCACAUCUAAUAUAGAGAGUCAAUUACAAGACUAACAGAACUCAAAGCUUAUUUUUCUAGUAGUGAUACAAUAAAUUACAUGGAAAAUGCUGGAUAAUACAAAGAAGUGUUGAAACAUUACGCAUUUAAGAUGACCAUGUUCUGUGGAUGAGAUACAAAAAAAUGAUUAUCGAUGUCGUAAACGACACUUCAAAUAUUACUUUGUCAACAGAUGACUAUGAAAAUACAUAUACUCAAAGACCAGAAACAUAUAUUGUGCCAAUAUUGUUUGCGUUCAUUUUUAUCAUUGGAACAGUUGGAAAUGGAUCAUUAGUCAUGAUUUUUUUCAAACAUAAAAAUAUGAUCAAUGUUCCAAAUAUAUACAUACUUAGUUUAGCAUUGGGAGAUCUGUUAUUAAUUGUCACCUGCAUACCAUUUACGUCUACCGUUUAUACAGUACCUUCAUGGCCUUAUGGACAAGUUAUUUGUAAAGUAUCUGAAGCUACAAAAGAUAUAUCAAUCGGCGUUUCCGUGUAUACAUUGACGGCGUUAAGUGCGGAUAGAUUUUUCGCCAUUGUGGAUCCAAUGCGAAAGUUGCAUUCGACUUUAGGAGGUAGACGAGCUACAAAAUUCACUGUUUCUGUGGCAGUGUCUAUUUGGUGUUUAGCGGUAAUAUGUGCUUUGCCAGCCGCUAAGUUUUCGUAUGUCAGACAAUUUCAAGUCGAUAACGUAACACUAUUUGAAGCAUGUUAUCCAUAUCCUGAAGAACUGGGUCCUCUAUAUCCACAAGCAGUGGUACUUGUCAAGUUUUUAGUCUAUUACGCCGUACCCUUAUUUGUAAUUUCGUGUUUUUAUGUUAUGAUGGCAAGACAUUUGAUUCGAAGCACAAAAAAUAUACCUGGAGUAGUACAAGGUCAGUUGCGUCAAAUACGAGCACGGAAAAAAGUUGCUAGAACUGUUUUGGCAUUUGUCUUGGUAUUCGCAAUUUGUUUUUUACCUCAUCAUGUAUUCAUGCUUUGGUUCUACAUCAAUCCUAGAUCAACAGAUGAAUACAACACUUUCUGGCAUGUAUUGCGCAUGAUUGGCUUUUGUUUAUACUUCAGUAAUUCAUGUAUCAAUCCGAUUGCGUUAUAUUUAGUGAGCGGUACAUUCCGGAAACAUUUCGAUAAACAAUUAUUUUGGUGGUUUGUUAAGUCUCCAACUGCAGAUAUUAAGUCACAAAAUGGAUACAUGCAUCGGAAAAACGGUACGAGAAAUAAAGAUCGAAUAAUGAUACAUGAAUCAUCCACGAUGGCCAAUAUUCGCAUGAGUACUUUUAAAAGAACCAUUGAAAAUACAACUACAACGAUACUUACUUACGGUGGCCAAGAUAUUGCAUUGAUAUAAGUUUUUACUCUGUAUGAUUCUGAUUCAAUAUAAAGUCAAAAAAAUGAAUUGCAAAUUGGGUUUUAGUUUUUAAAAAUAUUGGUAUAUUAGAACCAUGGCUGUUCUUUUACCUUUAUUAAGAUGACACUAAAAAAGAAAAUAAUUGAACAAUUUUUGAUUCUGUUUAAUAAUCAUGAUAAAUUUGUUUGUUUUGUUUCAAUUUAGAGAAAGCCCAAGGGCCUUAAGCCUCUACAAAAGUUAGCGUGUAUUGGCGUAUUUUUAUUUACUUUGCUUAAUUUUUACAUUUUUAUGGAAAAACCCUAUCCGUCAGAUAAAAAAAUUAUGAAAAUAAAUUUAUUUUCAUCAUAUAAUCAAAUUAAACAUAUAGUUUUCAAUAAAGAAAUUAAUAUAAAUGAUUUUUUAUAUUUAAAAUGAUAAAAAUAUUAUAAUUAACUACAUAAUCCUAUAGUUUUUUAGCUAAUUAAUUUUUCUAUUUAAAAAAAUAAAAAUUUACAAUAGUUUCUGGUAAAAUGGGUGCAUUACUCAAAAUCGAUUACCCUUUACAAGAUCUAAUUUAAUAAAAUUUUGACUACUAAUCUAUAUUAUUCAAAUCAUUGAUUUCAAUAAAGAUAGUGAUAUAUUUUUUUUAGAAAAUAUGUUUGAAUCAUUUUUAAGUUUCAUUUAAAAUAAUAUAUGUAAUGUGAAAAAAACAUUCGAAUUUAUUGUGCUAUUAAUUUAUUUAGUUAUUUCAUGAUAACUAUUUUUCUAUGGGAUUAAAAACGAAUUGUUGUAUUAAUUAAAAUAACCGUUAAUAUAAUUGGUUAUAUUUAAAGAGAGUAGGCACUGCAAAGUAUUCUCAAGGAUCACGAAAAUGACAACCCCUCGGAUCUUAUCUAAUCAUUGUAUUAAAAACAACCACCAUUAAUCAUACAGCCAGUUAUUUACAAUAUUUAGGACUGGUUAGCGCGGGCAUACCUGCUUGUAAAAUGAAAAAAGGCUGCCCAAUCUUUCAUACCAAAUGAAAAAGAUUUUUCAACACGGUAGUACACCGAAAAGUGAAGUUGACAUUUGGAAACCUCUAUGGCACUGAGCUUACCACAAAUUAUAUACCACAGUAGUGAGCUCUGCUGUUAAUUCUCUGCUUCUUGUGAGAACAGAAUGUAUAUACUACAAAAAGAGAUAAUCUUGUGAAAAUCCGGGAUUCAUGUAAGAAAAACCUGUAAGAAAAAAGAUGAAAAUAAAGAAGUUUUAUAGAAGAACGUUGGAUAAUUUAAAACUUUAAUUUUAGAAAUAAGGCAUCUAAUGAUGAACUAAGGUAGCAGUGGGACACUUUUUAAUGAAUUAUAAACUAACAAAAAGACGAAAUAAUAGUCAAUAUACAGAUUCUAGGAGUUAUAGGAUCAACUGGUAUUGUUGCUGACUAAACUGAAAAGACUUGGAAUUAUCUUUUGAAAGCAGGGAUCUAUUUAUAGAAACCUGUAACAACAAAAGUAUAAGUAAUAAAGGAGGAAUGUUCAAUGUGUUACUAUAAUGUUUCUCAUUGACAAAAGGAAAAUAAUGUCAAAUGGUUGUACAUUUACUUCUCCUGUGUAAUUUAAUUCCAUGAAAUAAGAAUGAUUUCGAAGUAUUUCCAACCAUAAUAAAAAUUCUCAUAAUAUAUAUCGAAAAACUAAAAUACAAAUUAUAUAUUUUAGUUUUAUUGUUUCUUGUAAAAAUUGAAUAUUAUAUAUAAUCAAAUGUAUGUUUUAAUAUUUAUAUUUUUAAAAACUAUAAAUAUUGUAAAAAGUAUACCAAUAGUUUUUGUAUGAUAAUUAAAUUUUCAUUAAUGUGCUUCUUUUUAUUACUUAUAAUUUGUAACCAGAAUUUUUAAAACCAAAAUUAAAUGACAUUAUGUAGAAUGCAACCAACCCAAUUAAAAGGACAUCACCCAACAUAAAUCACCAUAUAAUAUCUACUUUAAGCGCAGGGAAGGCAAAUUAAAAUGUUUAAAUAAUACUAAACUAUUUGUAACAGAACCGAUAAUCAAUUUAAGUUUAUCUACUUUUAAUAAAUUUUAGCUUAUCAAUUUAAUA